GAGGUUAAAAUGUUAAAGGGAUCAAUGUCUAGACACCCGGCUGAUUGGCCAAAGCUUUAUGGCAGGGAACAUGUGUGUAGUGACAUCACUCGCGAAGGAGGCUUGGAAUGAAAUGUAUUUGUGACGAGGCAGACGAGGGCAAAUGGAAUUGGUCACUCCAGCAACACACACACACACACACACAGCAUCCAUCUGGUCCACAUCUGCUCAGCAUGAGCCUAGCGUCUAAUACUUAAAGGGAAGGAGGAGGAGGAGGAGAAGGAGGAGGAGAAGAAAGGGAAAACAAGAAAGCGGAUUUUUUUUUUGUGUGUGUGUUUUUUGGAGAAAAAGGAGAGUCUGCUGCCUGGUUUCCCAAUGGCUCACAGAUGUCUUAGCACCAGCACAUGCACAACAUAUGUAGGGGAGGAAGGAGAGGAGCCGGGAACAAGACUGCGUUGAGGAAUGAAAUCAGGAGAUGUGAAACACGCUACUACCUCUCCCCAGACCUCCACAACCCCAGUGGAAUAUCUUGGACGUUUUUAAGAUCGGUAAUUAUUUUGAGCAACCAACUGCGAAGGGUCAACGGAGAGAAGAAGCGCCCCAUGAUGCCAGGAUCUCCUGUGGACGCCAAGACUCAGUCCAGAGCUACUCCACCAGCCAUGGCCCCUCCGCCAACAGGGAACCAAGGAGCACCGAGGACAUCCUUCACCCCAGUGCCCAACGGGGUGGAACAUUCUCCCCCUGCGCUGAACGGGGUUCCCUCGCCGCCGCAGCGCUUCACCAAUGGCCCGUCGCCGCUGCUCGCCAGCCAACAGCUCCCUGCUACCUGCGGUGCCCGGCAGCUCAGCAAGCUCAAGCGCUUCCUCACCACCCUGCAGCAGUUUGGCAACGACAUCUCGCCCGAGAUCGGCGAGCGUGUGCGUAGCCUGGUGCUGGCACUGGUGAAUUCAACGGUGACCAUUGAAGAAUUUCACUCCAAGCUGCAAGAAGCAACAAACUUCCCAUUGCGGCCCUUUGUAAUUCCUUUUCUAAAGGCCAACUUGCCCCUGUUGCAGAGGGAACUGCUGCACUGUGCCCGCACUGCCAAGCAGACACCAGCCCAGUACUUGGCACAACACGAGCAUUUGCUGCUGAAUGCCACCGCCACGUCGCCCGUCAACUCAACCGACCUCCUGGAGGUCAACGAGAACGGCAAGAGGAGCAGCCCAGAGAGGACCAAAGAGAACGGCUUUGACCGAGAUCCUCCAGCCAAGAGGGUGUGUACCAUCAGUCCCGCCCAGCGGCACAGCCCAAGUGUCUCCUUACCACCCCCACCCAACGGGCAACUGCACCCAACUCCUCCCCCCCUGCAACACUACAGCCUGGAUGACGUGGCCAUGAGCCACCUAUACCGAGACCCACAGAGACUUCCUGAAUACAGGGACCGGCACAGACAUCACGUAGGGUCUCGUGGGGUCUAUCAGGAAGAAAUGAUUGAUCACCGACUGACUGAUCGAGAGUGGGCAGAAGAAUGGAAGCAUUUGGAUCAUCUCUUGAACUGCAUCAUGGACAUGGUGGAGAAGACGCGGCGGUCCCUGGCCGUGCUCUGCCGCUGCCAGGAGGCCGACCGGGAGGAGCUGAACUACUGGAUGCGGCGCUACAACGACACGGAGGACGUGCGUAAGGGCAGCGGCGUUCACCUGCGCCAGCUCAGCCCCGGCAACGCGGACAUCAUCCAGUCUGAGCUUCUUCGGGAGAUCAAUCACCGGCCUUCAGCUGGGUACGUCCCCGAUGACAUUUGGAAAAAGGCAGAAGAAGCCGUCAACGAGGUGAAACGCCAGGCGGUCUCGCAGCUGCAGAAGGCCGUGACCGAGGCGGAGCAGAAAGCCUACGAGAUGAUCACGGCGGAGAGGGCCAAGAUGGAGCAGAAGAUAGCGGACGCCAAGCGACAGGCAGCGGAAGAUGCCUUCACGGUCAUCAAUGAGCAGGAGGACACCAGCGAGAGCUGCUGGAACUGCGGGCGCAAGGCCAGCGAGACGUGCAGCGGCUGCAACGCGGCACGCUACUGCGGUUCCUUCUGCCAGCACAAGGACUGGGAGAAGCACCAUCGCAUCUGCGGGCAGAACCUGCACCCCCAGGCCAAGGCCCUGCCCACCGGAGUCCCGGCACCGAAGGCCCCCAAGUGCGAGAAGAGCCCAGCGCUGGAGAAGACGCCACCCUCCACCGUCACCUCCAGGUCAGCCACGCCCGCAACCACUGAUGCCAGCGUCCAGUAACGCCACCUCUGACCUGCACCGGCAAGGACAGACACGGACACCACCCCUCCCCUUCCCCCCCUUCCCAUUCCACCACCAGCCCCAACCGCUGUUGGACGCCCAGCGUAGACCUCGGCUUCUGGUGAAACGGUUUCCAACAACAGAAAAAUAAAUCGGCCCGUGAAUCGAGGGGGAGAAAGAGAGAGAAAAAAACGCAAUGUCAAACCUUCUGACACCUCUUCAACGAGGAACGACUGAGUUAUUUUCACCACUUGGUCAUCAGUUGUGAGGCUGUGAUCUCCUUGUCUGUGCAUAUGAAUCUUUUUUUUUACCGUCGGAGAGGCAUUAGAAGGAGCAAGUAGGGCUACACGUCCAUGGCGGCUCCAUACCAGUCAGGUGGCAAACACUCUCAGAUGAAGAGCAUUUAGAAAGUACUCAGAUGAAGCGUAUGGAAUACUCUCAGAUGAAGAAAAUACUCUCAGAUGAAGACUAUGAAUAACUCCCAGCCACACUCCCAUACAAGUUGACUGUUGAAUCCAUCAUCCAAUAACAGUGCUCAGGCCUUGUUGACCCGGCUGCAGAAAUCUUUGAGACUGGUUACUGUGCACGUCAGCAUUAGCCUCCUCGCUCUCCUCCCUCGUAUUUCUGGCCCGACAUUGCCUUUCCGCAGGAGCCCCUGUUCCUCCCCAUAACCCCCUCCUCCCAACCCACUCCCACCUUGCACUGUUCCCCAAGAAGGUGAACCGUUGCCAUGCCAGUCAGGGUGGUCCCGAGGCGCCAAUUCCAUCUCUGCCUCCUCAGCGCACUCUUUACCUCUUGUGACGGGAAGGGGAACUUUUUCAGGAGAUUUAUAACUUAAAACAAAGUCACGGCGAUGUGGCUAUUUUUAUUCUGGCGGCUCUCGAGGAAGAUGAAGGAACUUUUUUUAAAAAAUUAAACCGUGGACCUAUCCUGCCACAGGCCCGUGGAACCUGUAGCAGGAAAGGAAGAAAUUCUGCACCCUAUAUGGGGAAGUGUACACACCGAUUCCUCUCCCCUCCUGCCGUUCAGUCCCACUCACAAGGGUGUUCCAUGAAAGCCAGGCCACUGCCAGUGGUUCCUCCAGCAGGUAGGAGGAGGAUGGACGAGUUUGGUGGCAUCUUUGCCCACCAUUUUGAAACGACUGACCUCUUGAGGGAAGUAUCUCCUCACCUCCUGUUUGAACCUCCUCAAAGCAAGCGGACUGUCCCUGUCGGGCGCUAACAGUAAUAAAAUACUCCAGACCUAAAUGUAAUUAGAAAACCAUGCAUCAGUGUGGUGAUGUGUGGGACUGUGUACAUUACCUCAUUGUUGUCAACAGUUAAGAUAUGUGGUGAUGAUGGUGUCUAUUUACUUCCUGCCUGGUCAGAGACAAACAGCUGCCUGAGAUACUUAAACGCCUUCAGCCAAAGACUUCCUUCUUUGGCAAGCUCUCCUUACCUAAAUGUAGAAGCCACUUUCCAAGAUAGCAAAGAGGAGGUCAGAAGGAAGCAAAGGUGAGAUUUUGCAAACAGUAGCCUCUUCCAUGAUUCAGUUUUGUCAAAGCAUUCCCCCCCCCCCCCCCCCAUCCCCCACCCUUUAGUUACCACGUGCACCCUCCCUCCACCACCGCCCCACAGCAUGGAGUUUGCACGUUCUCCCUCUGACUGCCUGGAUUUACUCUGCUUUCUUCCCAUGUCCCAAAGAACCUGUGCAGAAUUGUAGGUUCAUUGGUCCUCUGUAAAAUUAGUGUGAAGGGGAGUGGAUGAGAAAGUGGGAUAGCAUGGAACUAGUGUUGGUCAGCAUGGAUUUGGUGGGCUGAAGGGCCAGUUUCUGUGCUGCAUCUAAAUUAAAUGAGCUAAAUGGAGUCCAGCUGGCAACAGCCAAGAGUGGAAUAUUAUAUUUCAAGGUUAUAUAUUAUUUUGGAAUUGCAUAACUCUGGAAUUGCCAUGUCGUUUCUCCAUUAUCCCACAUUUCCCAUUGAAAGGGUGUGGGGUGCUGUUGGGAGAGAUUGGGUCAAGAUUAUUUCCAAGUUAUGUGAUUCCAUAAACUCAAAGGUUAAUCCCUGUUCUAGGAGUUCCCAAUUAGAACAUAUUUUCCAUGCUAAGGAAAACAGGCUCCCUGUGCCAUUGAGAGGGCUGGACCACACUGCAGCAACAUGUUUUCCCAUUGGUCGUGCUUUAUUCGCUGAACGACCAAUUGAGGCAUCCCAAGAGAACCAUCUGGUUUCCAUGGUGACGCAGCGUGAGACCCACUGCAGAAGAUUGCACGAUAAUCUUUUAUUUUAAUUCCAUGAAUAAUUAAUUUAACCUGCUUAUACAACCAAUCUCACCAUCAUUUCCUCUCCAUGAACCUUUUAUAGAUGCAGGCCAUUUCGUCCAGCAGCAACCAAUCACACAAGGUGCUGGAGUGACUCAGCGGGUCAGGCAGCAUCUUUGGAGAACAUGGAUAGGUGACGUUUCGAGUCAGGACACGUCUUCGAAUUCACUGAAGAAGGGUCCCAACCUGAGAUGUUAUCUAUUACUCUGAACAAAGGUCCGGAUCUGAAACGUCACCUAUCCAUGUUCUCCAGAGAUGCUGCUCAACCUACUGAAUUAACUCAGCACUUAAUGUCCCUUCCCUGUGCUCCAACUAGAUUUGCACCUGUUUCUCCCCUCCUCCUCCCUCUCCACCUACCUUACUUCCUCUCCUUCACAAUUUGGAACUCUUUGAUCAUUUUAUCUCACACUAUUGUUUUUCCUCUAGCCUUUGUCCAACUAUCUGCCCAUCAAACCCCCCCCCCCUCACCUGUUUUCACCUAUUACCUGCCACCUCGUAACUUGCCCCUCCUCUCUUCCAGCUCUCCCAUAAACACCCACCCACCCCCUUGCAAUUAGUCUGAAGAAGAGUCCCGACCUGACAAGUUGCCUGUCCACGUUCUCCAAUGAUGCUGCCUGACCUGCUAAGUUAUUCCAGAACUGUGCCCUUUUUUAAAACUAGCUGUUUAGUCCAGAUUACUUUUUAAUUCAACUGCUUGAAUUUAAAUUCACCAGCUGCCCUAGUGGGAUUCAAACUCACGUUUCCUGAUAAGACUGCAAGCCUCUGACUCCAAGAAACAUUGUCCAGGGCGUUUGUUGGAAGUCCAAUGUGCAGUGUCCAAUCCAACACUCAAGUUAAAUUGACCGGUAGAAUUGCUCCCUUACAGCACCAGUUCGAUCCAGACUACAGGUGCUGUCCAUACAGAGUUUGCAUGUUCUCCCUGUGACCACAUCAGUUUUCUCUGGUUUCCUCCCAAAUCUCAAAGACAUGCGAGUUUGUACGUUACACACAAAGUGCUGGAGUAACAUAGUGGAUCAGGCAGAAAAACUAAGGAUGGGUGACGUUUCGGGUCAGGACUCUCCUUCAGACUCUGGUCUCUCUGGUAUAAACUAGUAUCUACUAGUUCCUUGUUUCUACAAGUUUGUAGGUUAAUUGGCUUCUAUAAAUUGCCCCUAAUGUGUAGGAUAGAACUAGUGUACGGGUGAUCGCUGGCUGGCAAUGACUCAGUGGGCCUGUUUCACUGCUGUAUCUCUAAACUAAACAUGCACAAUGAGAAAUGUUUGUUAAUUCCCUCUGGUAGAUUACUGAGUAUUUAGUCAUCAUUGAAUCAUCUUCCACCAUCUUCUCCUCUGUUGCUUCUAGCUGCUCUGCUCCCAAACAAACUUCAUCCUCUAAGAUUGAAGUAAACUCUUCACUCUUCUGUUUGCAAAUGGGGGUUAGGCUAGCGUAGAUGCUCCAUGGAUCCAGAUACUCAACGCACUUCAUUUGUGUCUGACUCCUCAUUAUCCCAUAAAACCAGAGGCCUCUGGGUGUCCCAGGCUGUGAUCAGAUUGGAAGCGUACUUACUGUUUAGCGCCGCAUCUCACAUACCUGUCCACCAAAACUAUAACUGAACCAAAUUAUCACUCUGCAACCAAACUACCGAAGCCAAACUCUUCUCUCUCUCUUCGACUUAGCAAAGGCGAAGAAGGCUCAGUUUGUGGGCCAACCACCAAAACCUCAAUGUUCAGGAGUCAACAAAGAAAGAGAAAGCCGAAUAAUCUAAUCCCUCUGUUCAGCGACGUGUCUCUCUGUAAGUGAAUGAGAUGUCGGGUUUAAUUGUUUCCCUUGUGAAUGGUCGGUGUACGAUGUUGUAGUAUUGGAGUCAGCCGAAGCAGCCUGUGUGGCUUCUUUUCAGUGAAACUGUCGUGUUGUGAUUACUGAUUUCAUUUUUUGUCUUUUCUUUUAAUUUAAGAAGAAUUUGUGUAAGCAUCCGAUAAAUGGCAAUUUGUCCCUGCCACCUUUUUUUAUUUUAAAUGUUCCGUGUCGUUGGUGUGUGUUGCGUCCUGAAUUCAUCACCGUUACACGAGUUUAAUCAGAUUAUACUGAUACCUGUCUUCCUGCAUCUUCUGGGCUUGUAGGUUGGGCUCAAAGUGAUAGGUUUCUGCGACACCCGAUCUCCCCCUUCCCCCAGCUCUGCCACCCCCCGACUGACUCCCUAUCCAUACCAUUUGGCUUUAGGGGGUGAGUUGGUGCCCUCGACCUCUCAUGAGCUUCUGUCGAUCACUGAGGUUUUCAGGUUUAGAUCUAUCCUCAAACUUUCUUUGCUUCCCCUUUCCCUCACUCUCACACCGAGAAGUGCAGGAGGAGUUUUAUAAUUAAACAAAUCCAUUCAAGGUCAUUGUAUGGAUCAAAUGAGGAAGGAGGAAACAAUAGGGUUGGAGGUACUUCCAUUCAGGGGGAAGACUGAUGGAACUAUCAUCUAUUCAGCUUUUGGCCUCUGUUGUGUUCCCAGUUUGAUACUUUACCCAAAAAAAGGGAUCAUAUCCACCUAUGAUCUCCUCUGGAUAUAGGCAGAAGAUGUUGGGAAUAUGUUGAGCGGUGACUGGAGAGAGAAACAGUCAGCAUUUCGAGCCAAGCACCUGGUACCUCAGGUCUGUCACCAACCAUGGGCAUGUAACCCAGCCAAACCAGUGGACCUUACAUGAGGCCCGUUGGUGCUCCUUGCUUCUUGAAGCAUCUCCUCCACGUUAAUCUCUUCCCCCUUCACCCCUCACCUCAAACUCUCCUCCCUUGCUACAUGGUUGAUGUUUCGUAUCAGCAUUGAGCAAAAGACCUUUCCCAACAUUUCAUAAUGGGAUUUAAUAGUCGGGAGGAAGCAACUGCUUCUUGGUAAUGGAAAGUACUGUGUUACAAGGGCAAAUAUGUCUCCCCUCUGUUUGCACACUGGCCUACAGACCAAUCUAUGACGAGGACAUAUGAAAGUAGGGGAUGAUUUAGACAAUGAGUGAAAUAUGUGACGUUGGAUCAGCUUCCCAUUUCCCCCCAGAGAUAUGGCUAAAUAGUUGGUCCAUUAUUCCAACAUUUACUAUUAAAUCCAGCAGUGAAAUGGAAGGAAUUAUCUUUUGUUCAGAACGUGCAGUGCAGAACUCCCUCCCACACAAGACAAGACAAGACAUCGGAUGCUUUCAAAGCCAAGAGCGAGAUAGGGGAUCGGAAAUUAUAUUGCACGGGGGGUGGGGGGGGAUGAGGGCAGAUGGAGUGGAAGGAAACUCAAAUACUCAACACAGAGAAGUCUGGCCGAAUGUCUUAUAGUGUAUGAAACUUUACAUCUUGCUCCUGAUUACGUCCAUUGCUUUUGCUCCCAUCCGCCCGAGAAUUGAUUGUGCAGGCUCUCAACUCGGAGAUUGGAUGUGCAAAGCAUCCCAUCCAACAAUCUUGGCUAAGCCUACUUGUUGAAAGCAAACCAUAUGAAGCCCAUGCAAUUGCAACACCAGCCAUUCUUUUGAUUGCAACACUUUGCCCAGUAUCAUCCUAACCUGACAGAAGUUACAGGAACUUCUAAUCUGACCACUGCUGUUAUAUCCCAAGGGAAAUCCAUAUAAAGAGACACGUUUUGUUUCUGCUAUUCCCUCACAGAUGUGUAUAUAUUUUUUGCUGGUAUAAAGUGACAAAUUAAUCAGCCAGUAGUUUGGUGACAUUGUCCCAAAUUGUGCAAUAUGUAAAUUCAGGUUGUGCAAAAUUAACUUCUGGUUUCUCAAGAGUUUGCAUCCUCUCCCAUUACUGGAACACUAUUGGCUCUAUCCACACUUCCACAGGCAAUUAAGAAAAAAUACGCAAUAGAAAACCAAAAAUGGCCUCUUUAGCUGAGACGCAAGAGCCCCAUGUAACAUUUUUCUUGCGUUCAACACGAACAACCAGAUGGAGAUCUCUGAAGAUAGACACAAAGUGCUGGAGUAACUCAACAGGUCAGGCAGCAUCUCUAGAGUAAAAAGGAUAGGUGAUGUUUUGGGUCUGGACCCUUCUUCAGACUACUUCAGACUGGAGAUCGCAACCGAACAACAUGUGCUCACCUGUUACAUUCCCUUCCUAAUGUUAGCUGUUCAUGGCUGAUCAGCCACAAUCAGUAACCCGUGUCUGCCUCUCCCCAUAUCCCUUGAUUCCGCUAGCCCCUAGAGCUCUAUCUAACUCUCUUUUAAAUUCAUCCAGUGAAUUGGCCUCUACUGCCUUCUGUGGCAGAGAAUUCCACAAAUUCACAACUAUAUGAAAAAGUUUUUUCUCAUCUCCGUUUUAAAUGGCCUCUCCUUUGUUCUUUUCUGAUCUCAGUUUUAAAUGGCCUCUCCUUUGUUCUUUUCUCAUCUCAGUUUUAAAUGGCCUUCCCUUUAUUCUUAGACUGUGACCCCUGGUUCUGGACUCUCACAUCUGGCCCAUUUCCCUCUAAACCGUAGCUUUUAAUUUUACAAUAAUUUCUAGAUAAUUGUGGGUGUAGUUAUAGGAUCUGCUUCCACUGCCCUGCAAGGCAGCAGAUCUGAGAAUAGAGACACAAUUCAAGUAUAAUUGGAUCUGUGUCAUAUCGGAACAGGCAUGUAUGCAUGAAUUAGGAUCAGAGUGCCAGUGUAUCAAAGUGUGGCUCCGAGUUCCUGCCAAAGAAGGGAUGUGAACUAUCUAGGCCAGCUUUGUACUUGGCUUUAGUCUAAAUGAGAAACCAGAAUUUAAUUUGGUCUGAGCUUUCCCUGGAGUUGUUGGGACAGUAGCUAACCUGUAAGGAAAAGUACUUUCAAUAUAAACUGCGGUCCCACACUUUGGUUUGUGAGUACAACAGCCAGAAUGGUACCUGUCCCUUGCUCCCUGGUAAGUGUAACUCCACACCACGUGUAAAUCAGACCAUUGCUUGGUGCAGGCUCACGGUCUAACUUGGAACAACUUCCAACACCAACUCCACAAAGGUGACAAUACUUGCCCAUCCACGUUGUUAAAACGCAGCCCCGGCAAAUGGCAGGGUGACGCACAGUAGACCAUGUUGAAAGUACUCUUCCACACCUAUCUUCCAUUAAUGCAGUGGCUAAUUCUUGGCGAUUAGCAACAGAGCUGCAGUCUUUGUUCCUUUUAAUGCCGUGUUUCUUCGAAUCAGGUAUUUUUAUUCUUUCUCUGUUGUAAAUGUAAAUAAAUAUUUGUAAAAAUUU